CACCGAAAUGGACGGAUAACUGCCAGUAAGGCUCAUGAUGUAUUUGUACGCAAGGACACAACCAGCCCAAAUGUACUUGUAAAGAACAUCAUGGGGUACAAGUCCUAUGACUUGUCAAAAAACAAGGCUAUUCGUUGGGGACUUGAUAAUGAGGAUAAAGCUCGUACACAGUACACAAGUGCUAAUAAGACUGUACACAAUGAUUUCAAGUGUGAAACAACAGGAUUGUUAAUAGACCAUAGGUCUCCCUUUAUUGGUGCAUCUGCUGAUGGACUUAGAUGUUGUACCUGCUGUGGAAAAGGAACUGUGGAAAUCAAAUGUCCUUAUAAACAUAGACAGCGAAACUUGAGUGAGGUAGCCAGUGAAGACAGUAGUUUCUACCUAACCCCUGAUCUAAAACUUAAAGAGUCACACAAGUACUAUACACAGGUUCAAAUGCAAAUGCAUGUGCAUCAUGUUCAGUUUUGCGACUUUGUGGUCUGCACAGAUUGUGACAUGGUAAUUGUUGUCAUUCCAUACAACGCAAUGUAUUGUCAGGAAGUUGUUAAGAAAUGUCAAACUUUUUUCCAAACUAGUGUGUUGCCAGAAAUUCUGACCGGAAAACUAGAGACAGAUAUUUGUGUUCAACCUUCCAAAAUAACAAGCAAGACGUACUGUUUAUGCGGAGAACCUGCUUAUGGACUUAUGGUGCAGUGCAGCAAUGACUCCGACUGUCCAAUGGAAUGGUUUCACUACAAAUGUGUGAAUAUCAAGAGGAAACCAAGGGGAAAGUGGUUAUGUCCCGAAUGCAAAGCAUAACAAAAAAACAUUAAAUUCAAUCAGACUUCAUUUAUUCGGCACUGAACUAUUCAUUUUGUA